CCCGUCUCGGUGAACACCCGCAUGCGGGCGGCGGGACGCACUUCUGGGUAAGGGAGGAAGCGCGUGGGGGCCACCUGCGGCCGCAGGACACCUGCCGCGGCCUGGCUGGGCCCGUGGGUCCCUCGGGCCUGAGGCGCUGGAGCCCACGCUGUCUCCUCCCUCCCACAGGCAGCUGCUCAAGACGGAGCUGGGGUCCUUCUUCACCGAGUACCUGCAGAACCAGCUGCUGACCAAAGGCAUGGUGAUUCUCCGGGACAAGAUCCGCUUCUACGAGGGACAGAAGCUGCUGGACUCGCUGGCACAGACUUGGGAUUUCUUCUUCAGCGAUGUGCUGCCCACGCUGCAGGCCAUCUUCUACCCCGUGCAGGGAGUCCACGAGUCCAGGGGCGUGACCAAGGACUACCUGCGCCUGGAGACCCUGGUCCAGAAGGUGGUGUCGCCCUACCUGGGCACCUACGGCCUCUACUGCAGCGAGGGCCCCUUCGCACACCCCUGCAUCCUGGGUAGGGUCAGCGCCGGGGCGGGGUGCGGGCUGACCUUCGGCCGGGCCCCUCUCCUCCGCCCCCCCUCCGCAGUGGACGGUCAGGCGGAACCAGACCCCUGCACCACCCGCCCUGCACGUGCUGAGCCCCAGGUCACUCGGGGUCUUUCCCGACGGCAGGCUGGCCCUAGGGGUGACAAGCCCCGGCCGGGCUCCACCAGUGUCGACGUUGGGGAGGGACACCCCGAAGUGUUCGCCACGUUCGGGGACAAGCCUGACCCAGAAACGAGCCCCCCGGGAAGCUCCUGCUCAGCUCACAAGGGCGCGUCCCCCCGAACCCGACAGCGCAUGUCAGAACUGCUUCGAAACAGCUAG